UAUGACCAUACCAUGACAGAUAAAAAUAAUUUAGCAGAUAUAGAUCAAAGAGAUGUUAGCUUGCGAAGACAAGCAAAAAAGUUAGUGAAACAAAAAAACGUAAUAAAUAAAAGACCGACCCAUCUUUUUAUGCAUGAAAAGUCUCUCGUUGAAAUACCUAAACCCAAACACCCGAAUCAUAUUAUUUACGCUUAUUAUCAUAACAAUAACAUUACCAAAAUAGAAAAUCUCAACAUGCUGUAUAAUUUGACUCACUUGCAUCUACAAUGGAACAAAAUAUCGAAAAUUGAAGGCUUAAAUAAUUUGACAAAAUUAAAAAAAUUGUACCUUAGCAACAAUCUAAUAAGUGUCGUCGAAAAUUUAGAAGGAUUGAAGUAUUUAGAGGAACUGCACAUUGAAAAACAAAAUAUUGCCAAUUCAGAUGCCCUGUGCUUUGACCCAAAGACCAUGAUAUCUAUUGGGGCGUCUUUGAGAAUUUUGAACGUGUCUGAGAACAAAAUUUCCGAGGUGACUUGGGCUAAACCUUUACGUCGAUUAGAAGUUCUAAUUGCCAAAAAUAAUAAAUUAGAAAAUACAGAGUCCAUUGCCAAUGAUCUUUGUACGUUAGUUUGUCUCGUGGACGUCAACUUUAUUGGUAAUCCGAUGUGUAAAAAGCAUCGAUACAAAGAAAUCAUAAUUGCAAGAUGUGCACCAUUACGUGUUUUAGAUACCGUAGCAAUCCAUAGCACUUCAAGAACAUUUUUACAAAACUUUGACAAAGUUGUGAGAUUACGACAAUUAAACGAGAAAAAUAAAAUAAGCAUGACUCGUCAAGGCGUCGAAGAUUUCUUCGAUUUAAAUAUGUUAACCGGACCGCGUGCACAAAGCGCUUUAUCUAUAUCAGAAUUUUCUAAUCAGAAGCCAAGACUUUCAGCAAUAGAUUCAUCAUAUACUUUUAUGCCUCGUGCUUUUUGGCGCAAUAAGACAUCUCCUUCACCUCGCGAUGAUGUACCACCGAAAAACUUUGCAACCAAGAAAAUGACUGUAGCACUCACACCAAAUGGGUUAGCCGAUGGGAUAACUGAAAAUGAGGAUGGAAUAGAAUAUUUUGUUAUGCCACAAGAAGUUAACAUGACAAUGUCAGAAUUCCUAGACACUUUGGAUGCUCAGGAUGAAAACAUAAUUCCUUAUAUACAGCGACAGAACUCGAAUCUAACAGAAGAUUUUAGUGAAUUAAUGACAGAUGUAGAAAGUGAGAUAAAAUUUGCCAGUGAGGCGUUCAAUAAGAAACCUGAUGCUAUCAAUUUUUGGAUGGGAGAUCAAAGAGCUGUAACAUCAAUGCAUAAAGAUCCCUAUGAAAACAUAUACUGUGUAAUUGAUGGAUACAAGGAUUUCAUACUAAUUCCGCCCACUGAUCUACCCUAUGUGCCAUAUAAGCGAUAUCCUCAAGCUGAAUUUAGGAGAAGUGGGGACAAAUGGGAUAUUGUUCCUGUUGUAACUGAAGGUUGUAAAUAUAACAAUGGUGAUAAUAACAAUGAUUGUGGAUUACCUUGGAUUUGUAUUGAUCCUCUCAAACCGGAUUUGGUGAAAUACCCAGAGUUCAAAACAGCACAUAUAUUUAAAUUGCGUCUCUAUAAAGGAGAUUGUCUCUAUCUCCCUAGUCUAUGGUUUCAUCACGUGACCCAAAGCCAUGGCUGUAUAGCUGUUAACUAUUGGUAUGAUAUGGAAUUCGACAUUAAGUACUGUUAUUUUAAAAUGUUGGAAAAGUUGUGUGAUAAGUAUUAAUAGAUAAGUUCAUAAAAAAUAUUAUUCAUAUUCUGUCAA